AUGUACACGUGGUUAAACUAUUACAAGCACAUGAUCUUCGAGUUUGGUGAACCUAACAGGGCCAUACCCAUGUGCAUUAUUUUCUUCCGAGAUGGCCUUUCUGAAGGAUAUGCACUCGUGGGACAAGAGGAGAUUGAGGACAUCACAGAGGCGAUCAAUGAUGUCUGGUGGGACAAAGGUGUAAAGGGUGCAAAGCCUGAACUAACAUUUAUCGUCGUAGAUGACGAUGAAGCGACCCUUUUCCUAUCUUCUUCAUCCGCACAAAUGCAAUUCAGCGGUGGCGACUUCUCUACGCCUUUGUGUCCUGUCUCAUCAACCACGUGCACACCUCUUAAUAUCUCUGCUCCAAAACCUGACCCUUCAUCUGGUAUCGCUUUUCAUCAUCUUGCACCUCUGUCAGCACCUCACUUUAUUCCCCAGCCAAAGAGUAAAACUGACACUGACACAUUUCUGAAGAAACAGGCAGACACAAUGAAGCGGCUGUGCAUUUGGGAUUUUGUUGACUCAGAUGAAGACUGGGGUAUCAUAGAAGAUCAAGACUCCGACGGAGAACCUGUACAAAGGCUACCUAUGUGCCACAGAAAAGUAGCUCAAGGGAUGAAGUCACUGAAGCUAUCUUUCCAGGAGGGCAUAUUAUUAAGUGUUGGGCACGUUCAAGGCCCAUUUCCAUUGAACUCCUCGAGAGUGUGA